UUGUCAAUCCUGUUAGUUUUUCUGUGUUGUCAAAGGAAGAGGGGAGACAGUGGGUGCUGCCAUUCCUUGCUCAUGGUCUGUUCCUCUCUUGACCUCAAAGGCAUGGGGACCUAGAGGAGAAGGAAUCUUCCGGAUUCUCAGCCACAUUCUCUUUCCUGGCUGCUCUCCUGAGGGCUAUGAAUCACUUCUAUUGGGAGGAGAAGGGACUGGCUUUGCUGAGAGUCACAACCAAGCCCCUGGGGCAUGAAUCAGAAGUCCUGUGAAGCCAGAAACCCCACAGGUGGCUUAUGCUAGGCUCCAGCUUCUCGGUCUUGAAACCCUAGCUGGAGAAAUCUCGCUCUAGAAUCUCUUCCCUGUGAAUAGUCAGAGCACCUAGAGUGAUAUGGAAGGGCGAAAGUUAAGGCUUGUUUUGUUCUCAGGUCAAGGGGCAGGAGGGCAUGAGAACAAACUUUGAUCUCAUUUGCUGUUGAAAACAGUCCUCUUGCUCAGUGUCCUGUAUUAGGCUGUACGUCCUAGGAUGGCAUCUCAACUUACUUUUAUAUCCAUUACCUGUGGUUCCUGGCCAGACGGGAGUCUUCUUUAUGGGUGAUGUUCCUGACUCCAGGAGACCUUUUCUAGCUCCUCAUACUCCUCUACCAUCCGGUCUGGUGCUGGAAAACUUCGACCAGACCAUAGUCUGCUCCACCUUUGGAUCACUGGAGAGCCAGGAGGACUUCCGCACUCCAGAGUUUGAAGAGUUUAACGGAAAGCCUGACUCGCUCUUUUUCACCGAUGGCCAGAGACGGAUCGACUUCGUCCUCGUGUACGAAGACGAGAGCAAGAAGGAGAACAAUAAGAAAGGGACAAAUGAGAAACAGAAGAGGAAAAGGCAAGCAUACGAAUCUAACCUCAUCAGCCACGGCCUGCAGCUGGAAGCCACAAGAUCUGUUUCUGAUGACAAGCUUGUGUUCGUCAAAGUGCAUGCGCCCUGGGAAGUGCUGUGCACCUAUGCUGAGAUCAUGCACAUCAAGCUCCCACUAAAGCCCAAUGACCUGAAGACUCGUUCCACCUUUGACACCUUCAACUGGUUCACCAAGGUCCUCCGUGUGAACGAGAGUGUCAUCAAGCCGGAGCAGGAGUUCUUCACUGCCCCCUUUGAGAAGAGCCGGAUGAAUGACUUCUACAUCCUUGACAGAGACUCCUUCUUCAAUCCCGCCACCAGAAGUCGCAUUGUUUAUUUCAUCCUCUCUCGGGUCAAAUACCAAGUGAUGAACAACGUUAACAAAUUUGGGAUUAAUAGACUGGUCAGUUCUGGCAUCUACAAAGCAGCGUUCCCUCUGCACGACUGCAAAUUCAACUAUAAGUCGGAAGACCCCAACUGUCCUAGCGAGCGUUACCUCCUGUACAGGGAAUGGGCUCACCCUCGGAGUAUAUACAAGAAACAGCCCUUGGAUCUUAUCAGGAAGUAUUACGGAGAGAAGAUUGGAAUCUACUUCGCGUGGCUGGGCUAUUAUACGCAGAUGCUCCUUCUAGCAGCUGUGGUGGGCGUGGCCUGCUUCCUCUAUGGAUAUCUUAAUCAGGAUAACUGCACUUGGAGCAAAGAGGUCUGUGAUCCUGACAUCGGUGGCCAGAUCCUGAUGUGUCCCCAGUGUGACAGGUUGUGUCCGUUCUGGAGGCUGAAUAUCACCUGUGAAUCCUCUAAGAAAUUGUGCAUCUUUGACAGUUUUGGAACCCUGAUCUUCGCUGUAUUUAUGGGAGUGUGGGUUACAUUGUUUUUGGAGUUCUGGAAGCGGCGCCAAGCAGAGCUUGAGUAUGAAUGGGACACUGUUGAGCUACAGCAAGAGGAACAGCCCCGGCCAGAGUAUGAGGCCCAGUGCAAUCACGUGGUAAUAAACGAGAUCACUCAGGAGGAGGAGCGUAUCCCAUUUACCACCUGUGGGAAGUGUAUCCGGAUCACCCUGUGUGCGAGCGCUGUCUUCUUCUGGAUCCUGCUCAUCAUCGCCUCUGUGAUUGGGAUCAUUGUCUACAGGCUGUCCGUGUUCAUCGUGUUCUCCACGACGCUCCCCAAGAACCCCAAUGGGACAGACCCAAUCCAGAAGUACCUGACCCCACAGAUGGCCACGUCCAUCACGGCUUCCAUUAUUAGUUUCAUCAUCAUCAUGAUCCUCAACACGAUCUACGAGAAGGUGGCCAUCAUGAUCACCAACUUUGAACUCCCAAGGACCCAGACUGAUUAUGAGAACAGCCUGACCAUGAAGAUGUUCUUGUUCCAGUUUGUCAACUACUACUCCUCCUGCUUCUACAUCGCAUUCUUCAAGGGCAAAUUUGUCGGCUAUCCGGGGGACCCGGUGUACUGGCUGGGCAAAUACAGAAACGAAGAGUGUGACCCGGGGGGCUGCCUCCUUGAACUGACUACACAGCUGACGAUCAUCAUGGGGGGAAAGGCGAUCUGGAACAACAUACAAGAAGUUCUGCUCCCGUGGGUUAUGAAUCUAAUUGGACGAUAUAAAAGAGUCUCGGGAUCAGAAAAGAUAACCCCACGAUGGGAACAGGAUUACCAUCUGCAGCCCAUGGGCAGGCUGGGAUUGUUCUAUGAGUACCUUGAAAUGAUUAUUCAGUUUGGGUUCGUCACCUUAUUUGUGGCCUCUUUCCCACUGGCUCCCCUGCUGGCCCUGGUGAACAAUAUACUGGAGAUAAGAGUGGAUGCGUGGAAGCUUACAACACAGUUUCGACGCAUGGUGCCAGAGAAAGCCCAGGAUAUCGGCGCGUGGCAGCCCAUCAUGCAAGGAAUAGCCAUCCUGGCCGUGGUGACCAACGCCAUGAUCAUUGCCUUCACCUCAGACAUGAUCCCCCGCCUGGUGUACUAUUGGUCCUUCUCCAUCCCUCCCUAUGGGGACCACACUUACUACACCAUGGACGGCUACAUCAACAACACUCUCUCGGUCUUCAACAUCACCGACUUCAAAAAUACAGACAAAGAAAACCCGUACAUUGGGCUUGGCAACUACACCCUGUGCAGGUACCGUGACUUCCGAAACCCACCCGGGCACCCACAAGAGUAUAAACACAACAUCUACUAUUGGCACGUGAUUGCCGCCAAGCUGGCUUUUAUCAUUGUUAUGGAGCACGUCAUCUACUCUGUGAAGUUCUUCAUUUCGUACGCAAUUCCGGAUGUGUCGAAGAUCACGAAAAGCAAGAUCAAGAGGGAGAAAUACCUCACACAGAAGCUGCUUCACGAGAGUCACCUCAAAGACCUGACCAAAAACAUGGGGCUCAUCGCCGAGAGGAUAGGAGGAGUGGCUGACAGCAGCGUGAGGCCGAAACUCGAAUGAGAGAGCGCUUUACGGUCCUGAGAAGCACUUUAAAAGUAAUUAGCUGUCAGGCGUGUUGUGAAUCACUAGAGAGGACGGUGCAAAUGGAGUCCUCGCCUUACCCAUUUCCGCCCUAUAUGGUUGUUUUUCAGUUUCAGCUAGCAACGCAGGAACUGGAGAAGGGAAAAACUUUGAUCAGGAAGGGCAUAAAACCGCCUACCUGGAGGACCUGACUCUGUCCCCUCCUUUGAUAAAUUGGUAACAGAGAAAGCCUCCAGGUGGGCCCAAGUCCUCUCAGGGGGAGGGGAGGAGGCUUUGCUUUCCUGACCUCAGGUGCAGAGUUCCUUUUCUGUUCUUAAUUUUGCCAAAUCUAUCCCAGACCUAUUUCAUCCGGAUGGCACCGCCACCAAAGACCAGGCAGACCUCAGCCUUAAUCGCAUUUGUGUUAUCAACAACAGCCAGCUCAGGAUUGAGUUUGGAUGCUGUUGGGAGGUGCCAGGUAGACUCCAGAGUUCACAGUACUUCGCGUCUUACUGUACCCCAGGGAAGGAGACUCCGCUGCCUAUGGAGCCGCUUCUGUAUCUCUUCAGCCUUCCACCUCCAAGAAAAGCUCGUCUUCGAUUGCCGUGAAGAUGGAGGGCAUUGAAUGAAGCCUGUCUCCGUCACCCCGCGGGGACAUCUGCUUUCUAGCAGUACUCCCAGCAUGCUCUGGGCCUGACCAAUGAUGACUGGCUUUCAGAUCUUAAGGGAGUAAGAGGAGAAGGUAGUAAACUCUUACUGAUCUGAACGGUUAAUUUACCUCUUCUUGAUAUGUAAGUUUCUUGGUAGGAUGAUAAUCAAAUGAUCAUGACUGUACCGUCCUCAACAGAAUGGGCUGGGAAGCCCAUCAACUUCAUGCAGAAGGCAGGCACUACCAAUCACCAAGCGCCUUCUGCCCGUCUCGCUGAGAAGACUGGUGGCCUGACGACGCUGGGCAUAGUCAGAGCAGCAGCCAGUAACCCAAUCACUAGCCAUGUCCUGUGAUCCUUCUGCGGUCCCGCGUCACUCACAGGGAUUCCCACUGCCUUCUCUGCUUGCCGCUGUGACCAGCUUCCUUGCGGGCUCUGUCCCUUUCCUAGGCCUGCUAACUCAUUGUAAUCACAACUGUGCCAGAGACAAGUCUACCCCGAUCGUUGCCCAGGAUUCGAUUUGAGCCCCAAGCCUCCUCUCAGGCCAUCAGGGAGAUUCUGGGAAGGCUGGUUUAUCUGCUGGUGGCUCGCUGCUAAGCCUUAGCUUCCUGGUGCCCUCCCUCCCUGUUGCUUGACUGAAGUUUCUCCGCAGCCUAUACAUGCCCGGCCUUUCCUCCAUUACCUCUGAUAUCUCGCACCCUGGACUGAUAACAGAGGUCAGGGCAGGGUGAAGAAGGGAGGCCCUGCCUCACACCAUUUCGGGAUUGGGCCUCUGCUGACUGGCAUGGUGGGAAAUGGCUUGGGUGACCAGGAGCCGAGCCAAGGAAAGUGAAUGGUUUGAGAGGCUGCCGUCUCAACACUGAGCUGAAGCAGCUCUAAUUCCUGGUUUUAAAUGCCCACCGGGAAUGGCUUACUAGAGAAUCAACAUGAUUAAUCAAAACAGUGUUCUGAGUUCAGCGGAAACAUUUCCCCUCCUCUCUUGUCCUGGGAGUCCAGGACCUGCCAUACAGUGUCUAACCACAGUUAAGCUAAGAUAGAAAUGACUGCCUUCCCCCACCCUCAAGGAAGGUUCUCACUCCACAGCUAAAACCAGGUGCCACUCCCUGCCCUUCCUCCCCCCACCCCCGGCCCCAUCCCAACUGCCCUGGAGUUCCUGCUCCCUUCGUUACCUCUUCUCCAGAGCCUGUGCUCACCUUCAGUCACACUUCACACCAUAGGAAAGGAGAUCUUUCCUCUCAUAACUCUCCCCUUCCUUUCUUUGUACAUACAAAGAAAACAUCGAAUUUAAAAAGUGCAUUUAUCCACGUGUACCCCCAGCCAAGAACUCCCUUCACAGUGCAGAAAGUACCACUGUGGACAGAAGAAACCAAACAAACCCUGCGUCUCUGAAGGGAACGUUCAUGGCGUCUGAUGCUACCAGAAUGCUGACCGGCAAAGUUGCCGUGGGCUAAAGGGUCCCACGGCAUCAGUAUCAUUCCUGUGAGACCUGUGCCAAGUUGGCGACGGAGAGGACAUCUGCGGUGGCAGUGAGAUAACCCCCCCCCCACCCCCAGCCCCAGGAAAGCCAAGGGCAUGACUGUGAGGGAAGAUCUGGCCACCCACCUGUCUAGCAUGAACCACUAGAGAAAGUCUGUCCUUUUGUAAUGCCUUUGCGUUUUAAUGGAUGAAAUCAGUAGACCCAGUACUCAGGGGAUUUUUCUUUAAAUGUUCCUUGGUUGUUUUAGGUGUCCCAUUAGAAGUAGAAGGCCACGGUUUGUCUUGAAAUUAAAUGAGGCCACCUGGUAAUGAGUCUGUCAAGGUUUCCCCUUUGCGGGGCACAUGGGUCUUGAGUUUCAUGGGGCACUCAUUUGUGAGGGGGGCAGAGUGGGGUGUGUUGGUCCCAUACUUGUCUGCUCCUUGUGUCCGCUCCAAUUACGUCUGAGAAGUGGAGACAGUGCUCACAGCUAAGCUAAGACAGAACUGAGGCUCAUGAUGCUUCCUGUAUCCUGUGUAAUGUUUGUAACUGAUGUUCGUUCAUUUCUAUGCCUUUUAAUAUUUUUAAUGAGCAUUUUAAUAAAUUCUGUUUUACAAACAA